AUGUUAAGCGACGGAGUAAUAAAAAUUCUGGAGCAAUUCGACGUCCAUCCAGACUUCGGCUUUGUUUAUCCGGACCCACUGGUCAGACUUCCGGAAAAAUUUGUACCAUGGCACGAAAUUAUUGGUAAAUGCACUGGAAUUCUUCCAUUUUUUUCGCUUAUCCUGCUACCGGAAUUGCUGGAAAAAGGUUUGCUGGAGGACAGAAUACAAAAACUUCCACUGAUCGCUGCAGACACGCUUAGAAUCGACAAAGAAUUACGCUUGGCCCAUCUUUUGUUGGCGACAUUGGCAGCUGGCCAUAUCUGGCAGUACGGACCUAAUAAAGUGCAGAUGUCAAUCCCUGUCAAUAUUUCGUCUCCCUUACUGGAUGUAAGCAACCGCUUAGGCUUGAAGCCAAUUGUAUGCCACGCAUCGGUCUGCUUGGCCAACUGGAAACCGCUUCGGAACACACCGACUUUUAAUGCCGAGCAUGUCGACAUAAUUGCUUCUCGAUUCCUCCGUCAUCCAGCUAACCGAUGGUUCUUCACACUCACUGCCCAGAUAGAAACAGAACUAGCACCAGCUCUAUGUGCAAUUGCUAGUGCAUGUUACCAUCGAAAGAUCGAGGAAACAACAAUGCAAGAUAUUAGAAACUCCUUAUCAAAAGCGACGCACAGCAUCGAGGCAAGUGUUCACAAAUUACAACUUUUUAAAACAAACUGCUGCCGUUUGAGCGCAACCAGCCCUUAUCUGUGCACCCGACAUACCUUUGACGUUUGCUUUAACGAGUUUGUUUCACAAAUAUUUUCUCAGAUUCUGCACGAUUUCACAUAA